UUAUUCAUUCCUCAAACACCUCUAUAUAAGUGCUGGCCUCCAACUUCACUCUUUACACUUUACACUUUGGGCACUGAACCAACCUGAGAUCAACCCUUCAAAGUAAACAUUGAGGAAAUGCAGGCAUUACAUGCUCUGUUCCUGACCAUGGGGUCCUUCCUGGCGGUCAACGCCCAGUCCUUCCAUCUUGGGAGAUGCCCGACACCGCCCGUUCAACAGAACUUUGAUGUUGCCAAGUACAUGGGCAGGUGGUACGAGAUCCAGAAACUCCCAGCGGUCUUCGAGUUGGGGACUUGUAACCAGGCUACCUACACCUUGAUGCCUGAAGGUGUGGUCAAGGUUGUGAACGCAGAGCUCCUGUCAGAUGGCAUGGUGCACAGCAUCGAGGGCACUGCAAGAGUGAAGAAUGCCUCACAGCCAGCCAUCCUGGAAGUUAGUUUCUUUAAAGGAGCACCCAGUGCCCCCUAUUGGGUGCUGUCCACAGAUUACGAAAGCUACACCCUGGUCUACGCCUGCACCAACUACCUUGGCUUUUUCUACGUGGACUUUGCCUGGAUCAUGAGCAGGUCCCGCACCCUGCAGGAGGAAACCGUCACGGAGCUUCGCAAUGUGCUCACCUCCAACGGCAUCAGUGUGAAGAGGAUGAUGGUCUCUGACCAGACCAACUGCGCUGCCAUGACACAGGAAGGGGGCCCUGUCAUCGCUGAGUGAAGUGGGCUGUUCCAGAAACUGAACAGAACAUCCUGUAAAACAGUUACAGUGCAGUGAAUAGAAAAUACAAUUAUAGCUACAAAUGUGUAAAUGAUUAAGUGAUUGUGACUUAUUAAGCUCUCGCAUAUCAGUGUGCGCACUUUGACAAUGAACCGUGUAAUUAAAAAUGCACUGGGAACAACAUC